AUGGCUGCUAAUGAUGCAAAUACUCAACCUACUGUCUCCCCCACUCCAGUUAAUCCGGUACCUAAUGUUGAAGGUGCUAAUACCAUUCCUAAUCAUCUUGAACCUAGCCAACCACUAAUUGUGGUUACAUUUCAUAACAUUCAAAAACUCACUUCCUCCAACUAUCUCACAUGGAAAAUUCAGCUUGAAGCCAUUCUUAUUGGCUAUGAUCUUAAACAUUUUAUUGAUGGCAGUAAACUCAUCCCAACUGCUACUAUCACUGUGCAAGAUCGCGUACUUCCAAAUCCUGCUUAUUCCACUUGGAUACGCCAAGAUAAGCUCAUUUUUGGCGCUAUAGCUGGUACUUUGUCCUCAGCUGUCGGGCCUCUCAUUUCGAGUGCCCAAACUUCUCACGAGGCAUGGAAUAUCCUAGCAAAUACUUAUGCUCGCCCCACCCGUGGUCACAUAAAGCAACUCAAGGAUCAACUCAAGAAUAUCAUCAAAGGCGGCUCCACAAUUACCGAGUACAUACACCAAAUCAAGAGAGUUGUUGAUGAACUUGCCCUUUUAGGAAAACCCAUGGAACCUGAAGAUAUCACAGACAAAAUUCUUGAUGGUCUGGAUUCUGAUUACCAAUCUGUUAUUGAUGCUGUUAAUGGACGUGACUCCAUCAUCUCGUUUGAAGAGUUGCAUGAAAAGUUAAUUAACAAAGAACUUGCUCUACACCGUGUAACUCCUCCUACCACGUUUCCAGCUACAGCUCAUCCCACUCAAACUCGACCAGUCAUGUUCUUUUUCAUUGUUCUGUCUUUCGUGGACAGUACCCAAAUAUUCAGUUUCCCCCUCGUCCUACACGCAAACGAGAGGUAA